GCACCCCCCAUCACUCUGACCAGUGCUGCCGCCGCUGCCGCCGCUGGACUCCCUCCUCUCCCUCCUCUCCCACCUGGGGGGUGUCGCAGCAGUGAAGUCACAGUGAUGUCACGCUAGGAUGGGAGCGCGCGGGCCAAGGUGAGCUGCUUCUGCGCUGAAGAGGUGUCCGAGCGCGAAAGAUGGUCAUCGCCAGCGGCCCCACUUGCAGCUCGCUCCGUCCCUCUCCUCCUGCUGUCUGCCCGGGCCGCGGGGCCUCGACCCUCCUGCCCCACCAUGCCAAAGGACUAACCCGAAGAAGAGUUGUGUUUUCUGGGCAGGUGACUCUGCGCCCCGCACGAAUCUUGGAUGGCCGCGGCGCGAAGCAUGUCGGGGUGCCGGACGGCGGCGCUGGUGCUGUGGACCUGCCUGCUCGGGCUCGGGCUCGCCUCGGCCGCCCCGCUCCCCGGCAGGACUAACGGGACUGUGCUGGAGCGCAAGUGGGAGACGCUCUUCUCCCGCUCCUAUCUGGGGCUCUCCGGCGGCCGCUCGGAGCUCAGCUGGGAAAGUGACUAUUUGCAGGGUAUCAAGCGAGUGCGGCGGCUCUACUGCAACGUGGGCAUCGGGUUUCACCUGCAGGUGGCCCCGGGUGGCAGGAUCGGCGGCUCGCACAGUGAGAACCAAUACAGUCUGAUCGAGAUCUCCACCGUGGAGCGAGGAGUCAUCAGCCUGUUCGGGGUGAGGAGCGAGAUGUUUGUCGCAAUGAACCGCAGGGGGAGGUUGUACGGGACGAGGGUCUUCAACGACGAGUGCAAGUUCAAGGAGAAGCUGCUGCCCAACAACUACAACGCCUACGAGUCUUUUGUUUACAAGGGCUUCUACAUCGCCCUCAGCAAGCAUGGCCGCGUGAAGAGGGGCAACAGAGCCUCCCCCGCCAUGACCGUCACUCACUUCCUCCCCAGACUUUGAGGCAAUAAUCUUCAUUUGCACACGUGAAUGUUCUUCCAGGUAACGCCGCCCCCGGACUGCGAGAGGGAGAGAUAUUUAUUCUGUUUAUAUCUGAUAUCUGUAUAUUUGGAGAGCUAUCUUUGUACGUGUCCUGUGCUGCUUGUGACUGGAAUGGUGCGAGCUGCUGUCACGGAGGACGCGAGGACGAGCUUUAUUCUCAGCUUUACAGAGUGAAACCAACCCUUUUGAUUACCUCAAACCACUUCACGAGCUGUCGGGGUGCAUGGCUGGCGUCGCUGCUCUUUCCUCAUUUCUUGAAAAGAACUGAAGCCUGUCGGACAGAGGCAGGAAAACACGGACUCCAAUGCACUACCUUUUGCUGCACGAUUGAAAGGUGCCUUCCCACUCGUGGCCCCCUUUAACUUGCAUGUAAGAGACACCCGCCGGAGUCAGAAAUAGAGAGGGCCUCCGAGGGGGGGCCGAAUAUCUGGUUUAUUUUCUUUACUUUAAUUAGAUCGAUUAAGUCAUUUACAAUCUGCGCUGGAGACCCGAGAGGGCGCGCUCGCCUCGGAGCUGGGGAGGUUCUGGUGCUGCUCCGUCGGCGACAUGUGUGUGUGCGUGUGAGAGAGAGCCCUGCAGCUGCACUGCAGUGGCGGCCAUGACACUUACCAGUCAGUCAUGUGACCAGAGGGAGUCAAGGACAGUGCAGUUCAGGAUGAAGCCACCACUUCCUCUGGGUCCUGGUGGUGGGUCGCUCCCCGCAGUUCUCCAGGUCCGGAGGCAAGUUCCCAGAGGCAGUAUGCUGGUGCAGAUAGGGUCAGGUCAGCUGAUAUGUGCUUCCCUCCGUUUCAUGCUCUGCAGGCCUCCAAGUCAGUCACUGGAGCAGAGCUGAAGCGCUGGAUUUCCCCGCUCCCGGAUCCAGAACCUAAACCCCUCUGAGCAGGCUCUGAGCUGAUGAUAGAUCUGAUGUGAUUGGUCCCCUGAUGGGUCUGGACUCAUGCCAGGAUCAUGAGAGACGCUGUGGUGAGGAGGAAAACCACUAAGUUGCUCAGCAGAGCAACACUGUCAUGGCUGAUUCAUCGCAGUGAGGAUGUAGGUGAACUGGAGUUCUGGUCUCAGGUGUCAGAUGGACCUGAUUCUGGGUCACUGGAGUCUCUCUGACCCUGAGGCCCAGGAGAGGUGGUGUAGGUCUUGUCUCUGAAUGAGACCAGAAAGCUUUCCCUGCAGAUUUCCGCCGACCCUGCGGUCAGUUGCUAGCGUCGAUGCUUUGGAACUUGGGCAGAGUUGGACGUGCUUCCCGAUCUCUGAGCUUAGUGCCGGGGUGGCGGCCUCUCCUGAGGCGAAGGUUCGAGACGCUGAAUGUUUCUGUGGGGGCAGCUGUCGGCGUGCACUAUUUUAGCCGGAGCCCGGCGUGCGCCAUGAAGCUCCUGUCUUUGGUAGUUUGUUUGGAGGAAUGUGGAUCUGUCAGGAUGACAAGCAUCCUUCCACAUACCUGAGCUGCAUCCCGGCCCACGCCGCCGGAACCCACCGGCUCCUUUUUUAGUACAAGGUCAGAGUCGUCCUGGACGGUGGGACGGAGCCCAGACGCGGGCGGCGCUGCGGCGGCGGCAGCUAGAGCUGGAAGCCUUUUUUGCUCCACCUCCAUGUUAGUGAGAUGAAAUCUAGUUCAUGUUGGAGCGACAGCUGCGGCUCCCCUCACUUCUGCUGAGUCAUCGCUUGGAGCUCACGGUUCAUUGUUGCUCAUGACGUCGCUCUGAUCCUGGACCUGCUCAGUCUCCUCUGUUUGGAAGUCAAACAUUGUCUUUCAGGGCCAGACUAUGCUCUGCAAGCUUCCCUGGGGGUCACUGAAGGUCGCCAACUCAAUGUCACACUGUCAGAGGUCGCCUCAGUUUUCCGUUUCGCCCCGUAACAUCUGGUUGACUUGGCAGCUGUGCGAGGAUGUUCGCGUGUGUUUGUCCAUGUGGCAACCUCUCCGGAGCUCCAGCUCUCCUCAGAUGCUCCUCCACAUCCCUCGCCCGCUUGUGUCCAGACUAAGUAGCACCUUACACUUCCUCACCAGGAGAAAAAAAACAAAGUGAAGGAAAAGAAUUCAACCUGUCUUUGACCAAAACUGUUCGUGCACACUUGUCCUUCCAGAUCAGAUGGAAGAGUUUCUGGAGGUGAGCCACAGGGCGAUCCAUCAGCAUGAGCGGGUCCCAGGUUCUGGUUCUCUCAUCUCUGUCCUCAUAUACCUCACCUGCUGCCUUAGACUUUCAUUUGCUGUAACUGUAGAGGAAACACUCGUCUCAGACAGGAGAGGCUAUUUUCCCUUUUAUUUUUGUACGUAUGUGCUGUGCACAGCAGACUGGAGUCAUGAGAUGAUGAUAAUAAAGGUGUUUUUUUAACA